CAAUGACUGAUCUCUCUCUAUACAUACAUACAUACAUACAUAUAUAUAUAUAUAUAUAUUCCUUAUUCUCUCACUUACUUUACCUGUACAACUAUCAUAUCUCUCUUUAAUCUUUAGUCAUUCUUGCCGGUACUCCACUGGUGGAGGGAGAGACCAAAAAAAAAAAAAGUAUGUUCCUUCGGAAUCCAAUUUCGAGGUUUGUGGCUAUAUAGUAUUAAUGUGUGAAAUAGAAACCGACGAACCAAAAGCGAAAACACACACAUGAAUGAGAUCACCAAUGCUAUCAUCACAAGCCUACCAAUUUGCAGAUUUAUGAUUGUUAGUUCUCUUUUAAUCUCUCUCUCUUAUCUGUUGUAUUUUCCUGACUUUGAGCAAAUAAUUGAAUGUGUAGGAAGUUGGCAUUCCAGUAUUGUCAUCACAGUGUUCUUGCGUGAUUCGGAUAGUACUUUCUAUAUGUGCUCUUACUUUUCUCCUUGGGAUCUUCAAAAUAUUCUCUGCGUUUCGCGGAUCUGUAACUCAGACGACUGAAGCUUCCUCACUCGUUUUGAGCUCAAUCAACGAGAAUCUGACUUCAGUACUGUUGAAGCUUCAAAGAUAUUAUUUGCAACCCUCUAAAAAUGGGGAAAACAGGGAGAGAUUGGACACAGAUCUAUGCAAUCUACGGCAUGGAUAAUUGGCAAACGCCAAUCUUCCUCCUCAUCCACGCCAUCAUCUUCUCAUCCCUCUCCCUGCUUUUCCUCCUCUACUUCAACCCUAUCUGCUGCUUCUUCGAGUCUCACUUCUCCGCCCUUCCUGGCGGCGGCGCUCGCUUCGCUGCCGGGUUCACCGGCUCCGUCACCGCCCUCUCCGCUGUCUGCUUCUUCUUCGCAGCCGGCAACAUCUUCUAUUCCGCCGUGUCACUCCACUGGGACAUGGCGCAGCGCAUGGUCAGCGCGGUCAACGACUGGUCAUCAGUCAAGCACGCGCUGGACGUCGGAUGCGGUCGUGGCAUACUCCUCAAUGCGGUCGCGAUGCAACUGAAGAAAGGAGGCAGUUCUGGUCGGGUCGUCGGACUUGACCCGAAGAAAACGACGUUCUCGACCCUACGGACGGCUGGGAUGGAAGGAGUGCAAGAGUACGUCACGUGCCGCGAGGGCGACGCGCGCAGACUGCCGUUUGGUGACAACUACUUCGACGUGGUGGUAUCGGGCGUGUUCGUCCACACGGUGGGGAAGGAGUUCGGGCAUCGGACGGUUGCGGCGGCGGCCGAGAGGAUGAGGGUGGUGGGGGAGGUGGUUAGGGUUUUGAAACCCGGUGGGGUCGGAGUGGUGUGGGACCUGCUCCACGUGCCCGAGUAUGUUAGGAGGUUGCAGGAAUUAAAGAUGGAGGACAUCAGGGUAUCCGAGCGUGUAACGGCCUUCAUGGUGAGUAGCCACAUCGUAUCAUUCCGGAAGCCUAGUCAGCAUGUAGUGGGCCCUACUGAAAUUAGGCUGGACUGGUGCCACAACAUCUGCUGAUUUCAAGAGACAACAUAAUUAAUAUGGUGAUAAAAACAUGAAGCUUUUUCUUAUUAUGUUUUUAGACAAUAUUUUUGAGAUUGGAAAAUCUGGGGAGACGAAGCCGAACCAGAUGGUUUGUUUGGAAGAUGAAGAUGAAAAUGAGCUUUAAUGUAGAGAUAUACAUUUUAUAAGUUAGCAAACAAUUGUAAUAAUGUGUGUUUAUGGAAGUUGUAAUUGAUAGGGCCUAAGAGUAUAUAAUGAUAUUUUGUGGGUGUUUGUGAUC